AUGCCUCCCAAGAAGACCGACAAGGGCGGCGGCAAGAAGCCGACCGCGGCCAAGGCUGUCGAGGACAAGACUUUCGGCAUGAAGAAUAAGAAGGGUGGUGCCGCCCAGAAGCAGAUUGCCCAGAUGAACGCUUCGGCGAAGAACGGAGGCAGCGCCGACCAGAAGCGCAAGGAGGCCGAGAAGGCGCAAAGGGAGAGAGAAAAGAAGGCCGCGGAAGACGCCAAGAGGGAGACUGCCCUUCUUAUGGCCAAGCCCGCUCAGAUUCAGAAGGUUCCUUUUGGCGUUGACCCCAAGACUGUGGUUUGCAUUUUCUUCAAGAAGGGCGACUGCGAGAAGGGAAAGAAGUGCAAGUUUUCACACAACCUAGAAGACGAGAGAAAGACGGAGAAGAAGAGCUUGUACACGGAUACCCGUAAGGAUGAGGAAGAGAAGAAGAAGGCCGAGACCUCCGCAGACUGGGACGAAGAGAAGUUGCGCUCCGUCGUCCUUUCUAAGAAGGGCAACCAGCAGACCACCACAGACAAGGUUUGCAAGUUCUUCAUCGAGGCCAUCGAGGACGGCAAGUAUGGUUGGUUCUGGGUCUGUCCGAACGGCGGAAACCAAUGCAAAUACAAGCACGCUUUGCCGCCAGGAUUCGUCUUGAAGACCAAGGAACAGCGUGCCGCCGAGAAGGCACUCUUGGACAAGUCACCUCUCAAGACUCUGACCCUCGAAGACUUCCUCGAGUCCGAAAGACACAAGCUUACUGGCACCCUCACACCCGUUACUCCCGAGACGUUCGCCAAGUGGAAGAAGGACCGUUUGGACAAGAAGGCAGCCGAGGAACAGGCCAAGAAGGCCAAGGAAGCAACCGGUCGUGCGCUCUUCGAGAGCGGCAACUGGCGGUCAACGGAGGACGACGACGACGAGGACGACUCCGAGGACGACGGCGUAUGGAACUUGGAGAAGCUGCGCGCCGAGACCAAGGCCAUACGGGACAAGAAGGAGGAAGAACGCUUACUGGCGCUCAACGGUGGUACGUUGCCUCCGGAUGCGGUCGCGGCCGCCGAAGCAUCCGGCUCUUGA